GUAGCGACGAGGGAGCCCAGAGUGCGCUCUUGCAGCUGACGGUGGAGCAGAAGCAGAAGGUCCAGGAUAAGGCACACCAGAGAGAGCUCAACAACGAGGCCUUGCGCAUCUAUCGCCUGCUCCGCCCGGAGGCGCCGCGGUUCUUCGAAGAAGACGCGAUGCUGGGCAUGAAGGCCCGCAUGAAUCAGAUCACCCAGGAGGACAACCAGGCUGAUCCCGCAGCGGCAGUUGCUCGGGCAGAGAAGAUGGCGGAUCCCUUCAAAGCACACCUGCCCGUGGUGAAUCAGAAGGCAUUCCUGCUCGCUCUGGAGUCGGUGGUUGCCUCCCUAGCAGAGGACCUCGAGACGCUGUGGCACCUUCUGGGCAACGACCCGGAGGAUUUGCCUGGUGUGGAAGAUCCUCUUCGCUUUCACAAGCUCGUCGGCGGGCUCUUCAAUGCUUUCCCCCUGAAGAAGUCACCUCAGGAGGUGCCCGCGUUCAUGGAGCAGUACUGGCCCACGCUGAGGGCACUUCUUCCGGAGGAGCUGUUCCAUCUCGACGAGAAACAGGUGGAGGCAUGGCUGACAGGCCACCUCGAGCGGGUGAUCCUGAACCAGAGGCGCUACGAGCAGGCUGAUCAAAAGAUAUUCCUGCACACCAAGCGGAGCCAGGAAGAGUACUACAACUUCGCAGAGGAUUUUCCCUACGACGACGAUCCCAUGCCCGGCCUGCUGGCAGACGAGAGGAACUUAGACUUUCCCUUGGACAAGGCGCAGGAGUACAUGCAGCUCUUUCUGGGCGCCCUGGGUGCUUCGCAGCGGGCGAAGGUGACGCGAAGCGACGAAGAGCUGGGACCGGCGGCCGCCGCGCUGGACGCGUCGGACAUCUCGCGUCAGUUCCAGGACUUGGUGUGGGAUCUCGAGGAAGUGGGCCUGCGCAACUGGCUGAAGAUGGACAUCCAGGAGCUGGAGGAUAACCUGCCUAAAGGGGAGGUGGCGCAGCUGAUUCACUCGACAACUUCAAAGGGCCGAGACACCUCGUCGAAGUUGUACUUUGACGACGACGAUGUCAAGGUGGCAAAGUUGAUGCUGCACUGCGCUGCAAGGGGCAAGGCCGAUCUCCUCGACUUUGAGGCUGUGGAUCCUUACAAACUGCUACACGGCAUGCCCGCCGCGGACGUGCAGGAGGAGCUGGCGUCACUGCCUCCGAAUCCCCACCUUGGCGACGACCAGCUCAGCACUCUCGUCGAUGAGCACUGCCGGCGACUGUCGGCGACGGAGGACAAAGACAGGCCGAUGCAAGAUCCCUGGAUACACGGUAGCGCAACCGUGGAGGAACUUUAUCGGAAGGAGUUGGACUUCUAUCGGACCGCCGGGCCGGUGGAAUGGACCUACAACUCACAAGGUGAAGAGGGGUAUCAGUGGCGAUGGCGGCAGCCUCCGAAUACCUUCUGGGAUGAGAGGCGAAAGGUCUACAUCCAGGAGCAGAAGGGCAUUGACCCAAACUUGGAGCUCCGAGGGAUGCGUCAGCACAUGCUGGACGUGCGUCGCAUGCGAAGCAUGUGCGCCGUCGGCCGCGUCGCCUACUUCCGGGCGAUCGUGGUCGUCGGAAACGGCAACGGCGUCUACGGUUUCGGCGUCGGCUUCGGCAAUACUCCCAAGGAGAGCCGUUCCGACGCCAUGCUCAAGGCGCUGCAGAAUUUGGAUUACAUCGACUUCGAUUCCGGCCGCAUGCUCACAACGCCAUGCCUGGGCAGGGAGUACAAGCACAGCAUGAAGCUGGUCCCUCGCCCAAUCGGCCGCGGUCUGAAGUGUAACAAAAGACACCUGCCGCUGUUCUACAUCCUCGGCUUGAACAACUGCAAGGCGAAGUUCAUGCACUCCCGAUGGUUCACGCGAAUCCGGGCCAUCAAGAGAUGCCUCGACCAGGUCAUGUCGCGGCGCACGCUGGCCAACAUGACGGGGAAGAGGCUAUGGCAUUCCGCGAAGUAUUGCAGCUAUUCCGGCCUCGAUAUUGAGCCCUAA